UUCGUAAUCUAUAGUAUAAUCAACUGUCAUAAAUAAGUGCGUUAAGUGUUAAGUUGUGAUAACGAUAUAAUAACGUUAAUGAUCGACGAACGGGCUCGCAUAAAGAGCUCACACGCAGUACUAUGAGGUGCGACGUGACUGUGAUCUUCAUCCUUGAGCUGCUGGUCGGCUUCAGCUCCGCCGCAAAACAAUUACCGCGCGUUUUGCCCUAUGCUGCAGGGGAACAGGGUGUGCCAGUUUUCGGCGAUUGCGAGUUUCGAGUAAACGGCGAUCUCAAUGAUCCAGCGCCGCUCUUUGCGCGACAUAAUUCUUUCGAGAUAAUCGUGCCAGAUCCAACGGACACAGUGCAUUUAAGCAAUGGCGAACUGCUGGACAUGUUCUGCCCGGGCGUUAGUUUUGCGCCGCCCUUUCAGAAUCGGACACAAUUAACUGCACAGUGUCUGCAGGGAAAGUAUUUCCUUGUCGAUGACCUGAUCUACCCUUUUGCCAACUUUAGCUGCACCGCAUGGCCGACCUUCACGGCACUGCGCACUGGUCGUCAGUGCAAUGGUGGCACAGAUCUGGUUAAAGUGGGCUUCCAGCUGGACGACGAUGGAUUCCUGCACACAUUUGAUGUAUGCCAUGAUGAGCUGGCUGAGGUUACACGCUAUGUACACCACGUGCUCCAUCCAUCCAGCUACGACUAUCAACAUGGUGUGGCGCGACCGAAUUUCGUUGAACUAGACUUUUACGGCGGUCGCGACGUUAAUAAGAAGUACACGCAAAAAGAACAGAAUAUCACAAUAAGUGAAAUUCUGGGCAUGGAUGCUAGCCCAUACUUUAACUAUAGCGAAGAUCGGAUAUUGGCACGCGGCCACAUGGUCGCUAAAACGGAUCUCGUCUUUGGAGCGGCUCAAAUGUCGACCUUUCUAUUCAUCAAUGUGGCGCCACAGUGGCAGAGCUUCAAUGGCGGCAACUGGGAGCGUGUCGAAUCCAGUGUUCGCAAAUUUGUUGCCGAUCAGCACCUGACUGUUGACUGCUAUACCGGCACCUGGGGCGUAUCCAUGCUGCCCGACUUCGAGGGCAUCGAACAGGAACUAUAUCUUGACUUUGAUGAGAACAACAAUGGCUUGAUACCAGUCCCCAAACUGUAUUUCCGUGUCAUAAUCGAUCGUGCCAGUCGAGAGGGCAUUGUCCUAGUCGGUGUUAACAACCCCUACGUAACUUUGGAUCAAAUUCAAAGUGAUUAUAUUUUGUGCAAGGAUAUUGGACAUCAGAUAAGUUGGGUUUCCUGGAUAAAGGAGGAUCUACAUGAGGGCUAUUCAUAUGCGUGCUCUGUGGAGGAUUUCACGGAAGUGGUGACAGACUUGCCACUUGAUGAUCUGCACACGAAUGGUAUCCUUGGCUUAGAUAGAGAUCCAAGCACCACCACUGAUUCUCCAACCACUGUCGACACCACUGAAUACACAACUACAACGGCUUCUGAGAGCACUGUCGACACCACUGAAUUGCCAACUACAACGGCUUCUGAGAGCACUGUUUCCACUGUCAGCACCACUGAAUACCCAACUACAACGGCUUCUGAGAGCACUGUUUCCACUGUCAGCACCACUGAAUACCCAACUACAACGGCUUCUGAGAGCACUGUUUCCACUGUCAGCACCACUGAAUACCCAACUACAACGGCUUCUGAGAGCACUGUUUCCACUGUCAGCACCACUGAAUACCCAACUACAACGGCUUCUGAGAGCACUGUUUCCACUGUCGACACCACGGAAUUACCAUCUACAACAUCUCCUGUGAGCCCUACCGAAUCGCCCAGCACAUUAUCAAGCUCAACUGCAACAACUGCUGCUCCGACUACACCAACUCCUACUCCUACUCCUAAGCCCAAUCAAUGCUACUUCAGCAUCAACGGGGAUCUCACAAAUCCUGCCCCGCUGCUUACGCCAGAGGGCGCCCUGAGUUGGCUUUUGCCGAAUGAAACAGGAAUCUAUACGGUAGAUGAUGGGUCGAGCAUUGAUUUGCAUUGUACAGCUGCACUUGCCAUACCAUUCAAUAAAUAUACCGCACUGACGGCGCGCUGUGUGGGCAACCAAAUGUAUGAGGCGGAAGGCCAGAAUGUAAGAAUCGGAGAAUUCAGCUGCCAAUCUUGGCCCACUUAUGAAGCCGUUCGAACUGGUAACUCGUGUGAAGGCGGCACUGAACUACUGCAGAUUGGCUUUAAUGUGGCUGCCGGUCUGUUGCCGCAGCUGGAGCUGUGCUAUGACGAGAAUGCACAGAUCACGCGAUACGCUCGCUACGAGCUGACGCCAGCUAAUGUGGCCUAUCAACGGAACGUUGCUCAGCCUGGUUAUCUGCGAGCCGACUUCUAUGCUGGCAGGGACGUCAAUGUACUCUAUAGCCUGCCGCAUCAGUACGAGACGCUUAGCGAGGCUCUCGGUCUGGAUGCAAGCCAGUACCUAGACAGCAGUCGCGAUUUCUACCUAACACGAGGUCACCUCGGCGCGCGUCAAGAUUUUGUGCAUGGCUCGGCGCAGCGUGCGACCCACUUUUAUGUGAAUGUGGUGCCCCAGUGGCGCAGCAUUACCAUUGGCAACUGGUUGGCUUUGGAGCAGAGUCUUCGUCAGUUUGUGGCCCAUGAGGCGCUGAACGUAAGCGUGCAUGCAGGCAGCUGGGGCGUGGCCACAUUGCCAAAUGCCGAAGGCAAGCAGACCCCGAUCUAUUUAGAUGCCCAUACAGAGCAGCUGCCAGUUCCGCGCCUGGUCUAUCGCAUUGUUAUUGACCAGCAGAGUCGCAAGGGAAUUGCCUUAGUGGUGUCGAACAAUCCACAUGCCAGCCUUGCCGAAAUACUGCAGGACUAUGUCGUCUGUGAGGAUGUGGGUGCGCAGUUGGAUUGGCUGGACUGGGAGAAGACCAACAUCGAGAAGGGCUAUGCCUACGCAUGCGCUGUGGAAGAUUUUACGGAUGUGGUCAAGGAUCUCCCAUUAAAUCAACUGGAGACAACAGGACUCCUUGGAGUACCGGAGGCACAGCAACAGCAGCCGUGUAACUUUCGCGUAAAUGGCGAUCUGAAAGAUCCAGCUCCGCUCUUUGUAGUGCGCAACGCGAAGGGCUCAGCAAAAUAUUUGGAGCCCAAUGCACAAGGGGUGGUAGAAUUAAAGCAUGGUCAGACAAUAGAGAUGCACUGCAGCGGCACAAGAACAUUUCAAGGAUAUUUUGCAGAGUAUUCUCGACUGAGGGCCACUUGCUGGCAACAGGAAAAUUUCUUAGUGCUGGGCAGCGUCUACCAUAUUAACGACUUUGUAUGCACCUCGUGGCCUAGCUACACUGCUCGACGUACGAAUCGUGUGUGCAAUGGAGGCACAAAUCUUUUGGAAGUUGGCUUUCAGCUAGCCAGCGAUGAUAUGGACGAUGACUUCCUGCAACUCUACGAUGUCUGUCACGAUGAGCUAGCAGAGGUAACACGCUAUGUACACCAUGUGCUGACGCCCAGCAGCGCCCAAUAUCAGCGUUCAGUUAGUCGGCCAAGCUUUGUAACGGGUGACUUCUAUGGCGGCAAGGACGUCAAUCAGAAGUAUACCCAGGUGCAACAAAAUAUUACAGUUAGCGAGAUUCUGGGCAUGGAUGCCUCACCAUAUUUCGAUAUUAGCGGCAACGUGUAUCUGGCCAGGGGCCAUCUAUCUGCCAAAACUGACUUCAUUUUCGGUGCCGCACAGCAGGCGACCUUUUUCUUUGUAAAUGCCGCGCCCCAGUGGCAGACAUUCAAUGCGGGCAACUGGGAACGUGUUGAAGAUAGCGUGCGAAAAUUCGUUGCUGACGAGAAUAUAACCGUUGAUUGUUUCACAGGAACGUGGGGUGUAUCCACGCUGCCUGAUGCAGAGGGCGUGUCCCAAGAGCUAUACUUAGACUUCGACGAGAACAACAAUGGUCUGAUACCAGUGCCGAAGUUGUAUUUCCGUGUGAUUAUCGAUCACGAAACCCGCAAGGGCAUUGUGCUGGUGGGCGUUAAUAACCCACAUAUUGGCCUGCAGGAGAUUGAGGACGACUAUAUUAUCUGCCCCGAUAUUAGUGAUCAAAUCAGUUGGAUUAGCUGGUCAAAGCAAGAUUUAAAGAAGGGCUACUCGUAUGCCUGCACAGUGGAAGAUUUUAUAGAAAUCGUCAAAGAUUUGCCAUUGGACGAUCUGCAAACGAAUGGUAUUUUAGGUAUUUCGAAUCAACACAGAUAGCAAUAUCUACUGUUCUAAUCAAAUUACCUAAGCCUACAAUAAAUAAUCAUAAAAAUAAAAACAGACCAACGAUAAGCAGCUUUUUAAUUGUCAUAAUGCCGCACGUGCCACACGUUUCGAAUUACCGAAGCUGCUCCUAUAUACAUUUUGUACACUGGUUGACAAGGUAUAUCGGCACUUUGAGCUUUUGUAACAUAAAUAAAAGCAUUUGAUUAUGUUAAUCUUAUCAGUAAAUAAUGUUUACGUCGCGCAUUCAUUAAUAUGAAAUGUCAAUGGAACUUGAUGUUUUAAUUGUUGCUGAAAAUCAACAGAAUAUAUUUU